AGAAAACCGCCAUUUUAGAUUUUGAUGCAUUCGAGAAAAUGGGCCCGAGUUUAGAAACGGCCACAAAACGAUAGAACAAUGGCCUAUUGUUACUGUCCAGACUAUCUUUUUUUCUUAUGACUAUGGAAAUAACCACCCUGCAUAACUUCCCCGCGCCGUAUCCUUUUCUUGCCGACGAGAAACCAUACGUAGGCACGUAAGAUACAGUGGUUGUGACCAAGACUAUUUAUACAAUCAUUUCUUCUUAGGGUGAAAAAAAUGUGCGGCAAAUAAAUGGUAAAGCAAAAAUGAAACUGACAAGCAUAAACAAAGUCAGAGAGAAAACUUCUUAAGCAUAAGCAGGAUGAAAAGAAUUGUUAUAAACAAAGAUAUACUGCAAAAAUUAUGCAAAUCUCUACCGUCACCUGGCGAAAGUUCUAGAGACAACACAGGACAAAGUUUUUUUAAAACAAAUUCAACUCCAACAGAUUUUAUAGUACAUGGGAGUGAUGGCAAAAAAGCUGUGGAAGAGUGGGAUAAAUUAUGUGCGAGUCAGACAUUGGGAUCAUCGUGCACAAUUACAAAACCAAAACAACAAAAAAACCCUAUUAUUUCAUCAGAAAAAGGUCAGACAUUGGGAUCAUCAGGUAACAUAACGAAAUCAAAAUUUCAACCGCCACAAAAACAACAACAAAAAAAAACACCAUCAGUUUAACAGAAAAGGGGUAAAUUAUACUAUUUAGCAUUGAUUAGUGUUCCAGUUCAAAAGGGUAUAUUUAUUACAAUUUAUAUAUAUUUGUGCUUCCUGUCUAUAGGUCUAGGUGGCAAGAGGGUGACUUACUGAUCCUGAUGAAGGAGAUAUCAGUAAGAAACCCCUUUCAAACAAAGAAAGGAUCAACGCAAAGAAGAAUGGCAUGGCAAGACAUUGCAGAAAAUUGCGAGAAGUCAAGCAUAACAAUUCCUGUUUCCGAAAGAGUGGUGAGAGAGAGGUUCCAGAUAGUAAAAGACAAGUUUUUAAGAAAAAUGAGGGCAGAAGAAAAAAGCAGUGGAAUCACAUGUACAU